AUGGCUCACACCAACCGAAGUUUUUCAGAAAUAUCGAUUUUCUGUUUUGGUAGUGCAAUGGCUCUCGGUUUCGCCUAUAUCUAUACCGUCAUAAUUUUCUGUCCAAUUCUUUACUACUGCUCACUGGAGGAGUCUAAAGAAGCUCAUGAAGGUUGCUUCAGGCGAAAGGGAAAGCGAUUCUUUCAUGCCGUUCUCCGAGGUUACAGUUGCGUGCUCACGGAUCGUCGUGUAGCUUUAGCACUACUCACCGGAACUAUUGUCUACUGGUACUUUGGUAUCAUGGGUACGAUAAGCAUUACAGCAAAGUUGGAUACCGAAAAAAUCUUGCCAAAGGACACUCCCAUUCACAGGCCGAAUCGCCUUGUGGAGAACAUAGUUUGGGCUGAGUACUAUCCUGUGACGAUCAUCGUAAACAACCCCAUAGACGUGCGCGACGUGAAUCGACUGAAUGAAGUGAACGCCUUCGUGGCUGAAUUCGAGAAUCUUUCCACUUGUCGAGGCUCCAACUUUACGAUGUUUUGGUUGCGUGACUAUAUCGACUACUAUUGGGGAGUUGGCGUGAACGAUUUUGAUUUUUAUUUUGAUGCUGAUGAAUAUCCAGACGAAAAAGAGUUCGGUUAUAAGAAACUUCCUGGAUUUCUGGGUAAUCCGCUCUACAAGCAUCACAAGGCCUUCCUCAAUCUCGACUACAACCAAACGUAA